AUGGCCCGGGUCCUGGCGCCAGAGGAGCUGCCUGCCGAGCCUCAGGUGCCCUGCCGUGUGGCGGUGUCGCCCCGGCCCAUGACGCCACCCAGAUCGGCGGGCGGCGCCGCCUGGGCAUCUCCGCCCAGCGUCCUGCACCUGCCUGGGCAAUGUGCCGGCUUUGCACAGGCCCGGCUGGGUUCCACUUCCAUCCUCAGGCUGCCUGGGGACGCGGCGAACCGAUCCUUGAGCCGGCCGCGCGCGAAGCAGGAGGAUGCGCGGUACGUGACGCCUGGCAACUGCAUGACGGCUGCGUCUCUCAAGGAGUGA